UUGACAAGCUAGGCAAGCUGAAGCCUAAAACCGUACGUUAAGCCCUCCAAAACAGAGUACUUCAAACAAGAAAAGGGUUGGAAGAUGACGAAGACAUUUUCAAGUUGAAGAAGAUCGGAAACCUUUUUAAGUCAUUUAAAACCUCUUAAGAGGUAAGCGCCGAAGGCCCAAAGCUAGCCAACUUUGACAAGCUAGGCAAGCUGAAGCCUAAAACCGUACGUUAAGCCCUCCAAAACAGAGUACUUCAAACAAGAAAAGAAAGGAAUUCAUAGCAGCAUAUAUACCUAUCUCUCUAGAUCCCCAAGGCUUCCCUUUCUCAGCUUAAUAUUCUUCGAUCUCUCUGUCUGAUCUCUCACGCACACACGCUCACAUAAUGGCAGAUUUUAGGAGUAGAAUGGCCGUGAGCCAUUUUUUUAUCAUAUUUUCUCUGAUCUACUUCUCAGGCUUUGGAUUUCUUCAAGGGAUCACAGCACUUGGAAUCAACUAUGGUCAAGUGGGAGAUAAUUUGUUAUCACCCCAAAAAGUCCUCCAUCUUUUAAGCUCCCUUAAGCUAACAAAAGCUAGAAUCUACGACACCAAUCCUCAAAUAUUGACGGCAUUCGCCAACUCCAACAUAGAACUCAUUGUCACAGUCGAAAACGAAAUGCUAGCUCAGUUGAUCGACCCACAACAAGCCCUUCAGUGGGUCAGCACCCAUAUCAAGCCUUACUUUCCUGCUACAAGAAUCACCGGAAUAGCAGUCGGAAACGAGAUAUUCACCGGCGACGACUCAACUCUAAUGGCGUAUCUUGUUCCAGCCAUGGUCAGCAUUCAUGGUGCUCUAGUUCAAUUAGGUCUAGACUCACACAUUCAAGUCUCGACACCAAGUUCUCUUGCUGUUCUUGCCGAGUCAUAUCCACCUUCGGCCGGAAGUUUCAAAAGCGAAGUCUACGCCACAAUGUCUCAAGUACUAAAGUUCUUGGCAAGCACCAAAUCACCCUUUUGGAUCAAUGCCUAUCCAUAUUUUGCAUAUAAGGAUGACCCAGAAAGGAUUUCUCUGGACUACGUUCUUUUCAAUCCUAAUUCAGGAAUGGUCGAUCCUUAUACCAAGCUGCACUAUGACAACAUGCUCUAUGCUCAGGUAGAUGCAGUCAUUUUUGCUAUGGAUAGGAUGGGUUAUGGCGGAAUAGAGGUUAGAGUCUCUGAAACUGGUUGGCCUUCGAAAGGGGACCUCAAUGAAGUUGGUGCCACGAUAGAGAAUGCUGCCGUUUACAACAGGAACUUGCUGAGAAGGCAACUGCAGAAUGAAGGGACACCUUUGAGGCCUAACAUCAGGGUUGAAGUUUAUCUUUUUGCUUUGUUUAAUGAGGAUUUAAAGCCAGGACCAACUUCAGAAAGGAAUUAUGGCCUGUAUCAUCCAGAUGGAACCAUGUCUUACAAUAUAGGACUCUCUACCUUAUCAAGCACUUCCUCAACUUCAGCAACUUCCAUUUUUCUUACUUCCUCUGCCACAAAGGCUGCAAAAAUGGAAAACGAAAGCUUGGUGUACUCGAUGAUUGUGUAUUUGCUGACCUUCCAAGUUUUGAUGAGAAGACAAACUUAAGCAAAUGGACCAAGUUGAUCAUGAUGUAAAUACCCCUUUUUAUUUUUUGGGAAGAAAAAAUUGGGGCUUAAGCUUAGCUAGGGUCUUUUUGCAUUACUUCUAGUACUUGCAAAAUAGAAACCCUCUAAAGAAUCUCAACUAUGACCUUAAUUAAAGACCAGCUUUAGUAUCAUUCAUAAUGGUAAAGGUAAUCAACUAGUAUCAAGCAACUUUCCAAAAUUGAAGUGUAUUGAUGGUCGUUAUUUAAGGACUUCAAUUUAUAAUCAAUACCAACCUCACAAUCAGCUGUCACUUCCUUUACGACUAACAAAGAUCAAGUGAUCAUGAUCUUAUGUCAUGCGGUGGAUAUGGGAAUGGGAUAAACCGGCCAUCCUAUCUUAAUUUCUUGUCAUAUAUAGUGGAAUAUGUAUACGAUCUAGACUUUAUUCUUCAACUUUUGUCAUUUUAUUACGAUAUUUGCGCAUGUACAAAGACACUAGCAAAUUGAGAAAAAUCUUUGUCACAUUGGUUA